GAGUAGAAAAGCAAAAAUGGACCGACAUUUCUUAGCAGUGUUGCCCGUGCGAGGUAUAGGAUCAAAAACGGACAAAAAUGUCCAAUUUUAUGAGCAAACACGUUGGUGCAGAAGAAAAAAUGGAAUGGAUAAACAUAAGAUGGAUAUGUAUGCAACUGAGAUUGAUAAAUGCAGUGAAAUCAUCAGUAAGAUAGAGAUCGACCACUCCCUAACAACACCGAAGAUCUCACGAGCUAAAACAAUGCCGUCCAUAUCAACCAACUACGACAUUACAAAACAGGGAUUUAAGAGAAGAAAGUCUGUGUGUUUCGGCGCCACUUACAACGUAGAUGAGAACGUAGUCCGUCCAGCAACCCAGGAGAGUCAGAACUCCUCCAUAGAGAUUGAUAUACAAACGGGUAAACGAAUUAAAACGAAACGAAUAAAUGCAAAUGAUUUAUGUCAAAUUUUAAAAAGCCGUGGUCUUGGAGACCCACGAAAACGUACAAAGAACCACGAGGUAGUUGGCAUGGUACAACGCGCAACUACAUCAACGCCAUCUUUAUCAAGAUCUAAAUCAGUAAUGAUGGCGUCAUCAACGACGAAAUCUAGGUACUCUAUGGAGAAACUUAAAGGACAAGCACGGAUUCAACAGGGUCACGCUAAUGAAAGAGCAAAUGCAUUUUGCGAGCAGAUGUCUGGGAAACAGAUAAGGACGGUUUCUGCAAAUGUAAGAACUCGAUUUCCAAUUCCAGGGAGGGUUGGUCAGUUUCUGUCUGUCACGGGUUACGAUGGAAAAGAUUUCGAAGAUGUUCAACAUAUGCCCAAUGAUGAAGAACAGGAAUCAAAAGAAGAGAUUGACGAAAUUGACGAGGAGUUUAGAGACCGCAUUUUACAAUGGAUAUCAAGCUGUAAAAGUGCUAGGCAGUCUAAAUAGAAAUAUACAUAACAAUACGAUGGCGUAACUUACUGGCUUAUAAUGUGCAAUACAGAAACGUACAAAUGUAAUAAAAUUGAUUUGUAUGAAUAUAUACAGUAUAUACAGUGAGAUAAUUAUUUUGAUGAUGCAUUAAUUUUAAAGAUACUUUUGAGAGAAAGGAAGUAGAAAUGCUACUGUUCCUGAAAUUGUAUGGAUUGAUCUUCGGGGGUUACUAAGAAAGGGUAACAGACACUAGGGAUUUAAAUGUAAAUAAGAAUUUACCCCGUUUACUUUAUAGUCAUGCCUCAAAUAAAGGAUUGGUAUCGAUAUGGUGAACUGAAUUGAACAAUGUUUUUUCUUUUAAAAGUAUUAUUGAAAACAUUCUGUAAAAACACAGU